UCAAUCAGCUGAUAUGUUAAUUGUAUCCAUGAUGUUUUGAUUGGUUAAAUCAAUUGAUGAACUUGAUUUAAAGUACAAUAGUCCUCUUAUUUAUCUAUUUAUUGACCAAUUCUCCUAUUCACACAUACUUUUUACUAUUGUAACUAUACAAUGUAUAAAAAUGGUUAUGCAAUUGAAAGAAUAUUAAGAUGUAAAUUAGAUAAAGAUGAUUUUGAUCAUUUACUAUUCUGGUCUGGUUCUUUAUGUCACUUAGAUAAUGAUAAACCAGAAUUUAAACAUUUUAUCAUUGGUCAACAAUGGUUAUAUACAAUGAAUCAUCCACAAAGACAAUUGGAUACUAUAGUACAUUUCAAUGUAUGAUAGAUAAGACAAUUGGAUUUCCUUUCCCUUUAUAGUCAAUUUUAGGUAUUGCAUGUAUUGGGGAUUUAGCUAUGUUUCUAACAUGUCAAAUUACACGGAAUUAUAAUCAUAUAUGUAUUGAAUUCGCGAGUAAAUUGAAUCAACAACAUCGUAAAGGUGUUAUAUCUGUAAAGAAAACGAAACAAAAAGUGAAGAGAAAAUUAUCAUUAUCCAACGAUGACCAUCAUUCGAAAAUUACACAUCUAUUUAACUGAUACAAAUUUUAUUGGUUUUGAUAUUUUACAAAAAGCCAUAAAUAGAUGGUAUCAAUCAAAUAAUGAAUUUAAGUAUAUGGUUACGAAGUUAAUUCAUUUAACCGAUUUUCAACAUCCCCUAACAUCAAACAAACAAUCCAUCUCAUCAUUAUCAUCAUCCCCACCUCCAUCAGGUGAUAAUAUUGAAACAUUAAUUGCCAAGGCAACUAGAAGAAACACUAUAGUCUAUUCAACAACAGCUGAAAAUGAAGAUUUACAACAGUUAAUGAAUAUGUUUAAACCAUUCUUUAAAAGUGAUACCAUAAUCUCCAUGGAUACAAAUAAUACUCAAAUUGAUCAUCAUAUUCUAACCUUGAAUGACUAUUUAAACAAAUUUGAUCAUUGGAUUAAUAAAACUAAAAUGAUCAAUGAAUUAAUAAACAAAAGACAGGCGAAGUUCAAUUAUAUUCAUCUCAUCAAUGAACAGUUGAUUCAGUUGGAUAAUCAUUUGAGAGUCGUUUUCGAAAACUAUCCUUUGUAUACUUGUAAAGGAUUACCUAAUAAAGUCAUUACAAUGAUGGAACUUCUUGUAACUCAGAUAACAUAUACACUGCCAGCGCAACCAAUCUUUCUUGGAAACAAAGAAACACAGGUGUUUAUUGAACUAGAAGACCAUGAUAAACCCACUACAGGAGCUCAAUCAAAACAAACAAGAAGUCAUCGCAUGAAACUCGUUAUUCAUUUAAUGAAAAUAAUCAAUUUAUUACUUUCAUAUAUUCUGCCAAUAUUCACACAAUCCAAUAGAAAUCUUAACCUAUUGAAUAAGGAUCAAAUCAAAAUCACUGUGGAUGAAAUAAUUAUAAAGAAGAAACUAGAAGGAGUUAUUCAACGUCUUAUUGAACAAUUAAUACAGUUACCAUGUGUAAUCAAUGAUUUCUCUUUAAAUGAAUUCAAUAAACAAAGUGUUCAACAGUCUAAUUGUUUUCAAAUUGAAUUGGAGACAUGGAUACGAAGAUAUGAAAUGGAAAAAUUAGAUAUAAUGAGUAAAAAAUUUAUAUGUGUUAAUCAAUGGCAACAAGAAGUAUUCAAUAAAGAUUUACAUACCGUCACAACAUCAACACUAAGAAGUAUUUUCAAAAGUCAUAUUGAAAUUGGUAUAUUUAUACAUCAAUUAAAUUAUCAAAUUAGUUAUUUAUUUACUGAACUUAUUUCAAAUACAUCAUCUAUAUUAAAUAGAACAACCAAUAACAAUACAAGAACUAUUCAUCAAGAAGAAGAUUGGAUUAAACAAAUUAUUCAUCGAAUAAUUAUUAAAUCAAAAAAAUCAAUUCUUUAUUUAUUAGAUUGUUUUUUAUCACAUUCUUAUACAACAUUUAGUAUAAUUCAUUCAAAAGUAAGAAAUUAUUCAUUAACUACUACAACAACGCCGACGCCGACGACGACGACGACGGCGGCGGCGGCGGCGGCGGCUAUUCAUUCUGUUCUUAUAUCAACUUCAAAUAUAGAACAAAAACAAGAACAAUCUAUAGCAACAAUUAUUCGUUCAUUAUUUAUUAUAGAUUGGUUAACAAGUCAAUAUCCAUAUUUAAUUCAAUUAUUAAUAAAAGAGUUAGGAUAUAAUGAUUUAAUUCAUAUUUAUAAUACACAAUGUAUUAUCUCUUUAAUAGAUCAAUUAAAUAAAAGAUCUACAUUUAAUUUAAUACAAAUUAAAUUAAUCAAAUGUAUUCUAAUAGCAUUAAUAAAUCGAUUAAAUGAGAAAUUUAAUAUAACCAAUGAUAUUUCAUAAAUAAUAUGAAGGGAGGGGGGGCGGCGGAGAGGAACAAAGUGUUGUUAUCCUAAUGAAGACAAAUACCUUUGCAGGAAUCUAUGAAUGGACGAUUAUUCUACAUAUAUAUUCUUAUGGUUUAACUAUUAAGUAAUUGCAUUGUGUAUAUCUAUAUUUAUCUUAUUAUAAGCUUCAUUAUGACCUA